AUGGAGCACACGCACGCCCACCUCGUAGCCAACAGCUCGUUGUCCUGGUCCCCCGGCUCGACCUGCGGCUUGGGCUUCGUGCCCGUGGUUUAUUACAGCCUCUUGCUGUGCCUCGGUUUACCAGCCAAUAUCCUGACAGUGAUCAUUCUCUCUCAGCUGGUAGCUAGAAGGCAGAAGUCCUCCUACAACUAUCUCUUGGCACUUGCUGCUGCUGACAUCUUGGUCCUCUUUUUCAUUGUGUUUGUGGACUUCCUGUUGGAAGACUUCAUCUUGAACAUGCAGAUGCCUCAGGUGCCCAAUAAGAUCAUAGAAGUGCUGGAAUUUUCAUCCAUCCACACUUCUAUUUGGAUUACUGUUCCAUUAACCAUUGAUCGGUAUAUCGCAGUCUGCCACCCACUCAAGUACCACACGGUCUCCUACCCAGCCCGCACCCGGAAAGUCAUUGUAAGUGUUUACAUCACCUGCUUCCUGACCAGCAUCCCCUACUACUGGUGGCCCAACAUCUGGACUGAAGACUACAUCAGCACCUCCAUGCAUCACGUCCUUAUCUGGAUUCACUGCUUCACCGUGUACUUGGUGCCCUGCUCCAUUUUCUUCAUCUUGAACUCAAUCAUUGUGUACAAGCUCAGGAGGAAAAGCAAUUUUCGCCUCCGUGGCUAUUCCACAGGGAAAACUACUGCCAUCUUGUUCACCAUUACCUCCAUCUUUGCCACACUCUGGGCCCCCCGCAUCGUCAUGAUUCUCUACCACCUCUAUGGGGCACCUAUCCAAAACCGCUGGCUGGUGCACAUCAUGUCCGACAUUGCCAACAUGCUGGCCCUUCUGAACACAGCCAUCAACUUCUUCCUCUACUGCUUCAUCAGCAAGAGGUUCCGCACUAUGGCAGCCGCCACGCUCAAGGCCUUCUUCAAGUGCCAAAAGCAACCUGUACAGUUCUACACCAACCAUAACUUUUCCAUAACAAGUAGCCCCUGGAUCUCACCAGCCAACUCACACUGUAUCAAGAUGCUGGUGUACCAGUAUGACAAAAAUGGAAAACCUAUAAAAGUAUCCCCAUGA